AUGUCCUCCGCGCCGGAGCCGAGCAAGCCCUCCAAACCGGUAACAUUAAAGCUCAAGACCUCGACUUCGUCUGGACUGAACGGUUCCUUCUCGGCUUCGACGCCUCUUGCCACGCCCGCCACGCCCGCCGAUGGAAAGCCGAAGAUCGUGCUGAAGCGAUCGCAACCGCCGACGCCAGCGACCGACGGAGCACCCUCGUUCAUCACCGCUGUGCCUCAGGUCGCAACGCCGAUCGUGUCACCUGCCGGACCUGUGACGACUCAGAAGGGACGGGUGUCCAAGCCGACCGCGAAGAAGCGGGCAAGAGACCACGAGGACAGCGACGAAGAUGCGCCGCUCGCCAAGACGCAACAGCCGAAGCCGAAACGGCCAAAGCUCGUGGUCAAGGGGAAGCUGAACCGCAUGGGCAGCAUCGUCGUCAAGAACAAGAACGAGUUGCCGCACCGUGAGCCCGGCGAAGGGUACGACUCUGAAGCAGAGGACAAGGAGACCGACCCCGUCAUCGAGGAGCAGUUUGUCCUCCGCAUGAUGCCGGGGGAACACUGCGACUACAUCAGAAAGAUGAUCGAUGAACGCAAGAUUGGAGUGCCUGUCAAGGAAGGAGGAGCCGAUGUCCAGCUGAGGUGGCUCCCGGGCGGAGAGCGGAGGGCUGCAGUCACCGUCAAGGGCCAGCCGUUUGCUGCCGUCCUGGUAGACCUCCCCACUAUUACGGAAGGCAUGAAGACCUGGGACAAGAAGAACUUCAUGAAGAGCGCGGACAUCUGCCAGAUGCUCCUAGUGUUUUCAAAAGUGGCCAAGGAAGAGGAUGCUAAGACCAUCGAGCUUCCCAAGAUGGUCGCCAAGGACUAUCGCUGGCCACACGGACUGACGCCGCCAAUGCACGACUGUGUGAACCGGCGCUUCCGCAAGCGCUUGUCCAAGAAGGAGAUCAAGGACAAGGAGGCGGAACUCGAACGACUCCUGAACGAGGAUAAGAACGCGUUAGAGUCGACCUACGAAUGGGUCGAUGACCGGCCUCAACAGCAGUCCGAAGAAGAGUACGAGGAAGGAAGCGAAAUGGAGGAAGACGCCGAGGGCGAAGACGAAGAUUACUUUGGAGACCAGAACGGCUUCCAGACGCAAGAACCCCAAGAGAUGGACGAGAUUGACGACGCGGCGCUCGAGGCCGAGUUCGAGGCUGCCUUCGACAUGGAGGCCGAGGAGGAAACGCCGGCUACCGCGCAGGCUGCAACACCGGCUACGGGCCGGACAGGCACACCAGCCGAGGGAGCGUCCGAGGUCUCUGAUGCCGACGACGAUGACGACGAGGACCUGGACGAGGACGAGCAGGCGCGUGCUGACGAGGUCAAGGGGGUCAGGGAGGACAUUGCCGAUCUCAAGAAGCAGAUCCAGGAGCUCGAGGUGAGGAGAGAGGGGAUGAACAACUCCCUCUUAAGGAAGCGUCUCGAGGAGAACAUCAAGAACGUCAAGGCAGAGCUGCAUCUCAAGCAGGCUUCUAUCGGAGAGGUGGACGAGGAGUGA